AUGCUCCAAAUACUUCUAUAUUUUAUAUUAAAUUUCGCUGGAUUUUUUGUAUUUUUAGCGAUCUGGAAUCGGAUUCCAAAAGUAAUAUUGAUUUCAAAAAUUAGAAUUUAAAUUUAACAAAAAAAUUUCAGCCAAAACCGUUUGAUUAUACAACAAUUCCUGGACUGAAACUCAAUGUAAAUACCGCCGAAGAGAUUCCAGAUUUGAUUUUGAAACCCGGAACUAAAACUGAUCGGAAUUUCGAAGGACAUUUCAAGGAGAUUCGCAAGUAUGUUUGAAAUCUGGGAAGGAUUUCAAGCUAAAAAUAACGAGCCUUUUUUCAGAUUUCCAAAUCUUCAAUCAUUUUUGGAUUUUCUAUUUUUAACCUAUGGCCCUUUGAAUUCUUUUUGGUGGUCUAAUCGAUAUGUUGUGACUGUUUCGAGUGAGGAUUUGAUUUCGGAACUCAAGAAAUUUAGAGCAAAUUUGGGUUGGUUUUUUGAAUUUUAAAAAAUCUGUUAUGACGUGGCAACUUAUGAGAAUUACAGAAUAAAUUUCCCAAGCUUUUAAAAAAUUUUCCAAGCUUCUAAAAAUUCUGAAAGUAUUCUGAAAUAUGAAAAAUUCCAGUUGCAAUUUCACCAUUCGCGAUUGGAAGUUAUCUACAAGGAGAUCCAGAUUAUUGCACAACUAUUGAAUAUGACACAUUAUCACAUCAUCAUUCAUCAAAAGAACCUUGCCCAAUAAUCGAUAAAACUUUGAAUGAAUCAGUUCAAGAUGCGAAAUUUAUGAAAUGCGAACAGCAAUUCAGAAGUUCAACAAAUCCGCCAACAAUCAAAGAUUCCCUGCGACAAGUUGAGAACCUUUACAAAAAUCCGAAAAAUCUUCGAGACCUUCUAAGUCGCCCAAUAUUUUGUGUUUUCAAUGAGGAAGUCUGGUUAGAUGCCCAUCCAAUCCCAAAAUACGUGGGUCUCAAGAAAGGUCUCUAAUUGUUUGUACAACACAUUUUUGUAGAUUCCAAUCAUCAUCAAUGCUUCAAAAAUGGUUGAGAAUUGGAAUAAUGAUGAAUUGUUUCCGAAAUUCUAUUCAAUAUUUUAUUGGAUACCAGGAUUCCAUGAUUUGAAAAUCACAUAA